AGUGUGAGCGCAGCCGCGCAGCAGACACACGCAUCUCCCACUCGCAGCAUCAACAUCUCCCACUCGCAGCAUCAGGACCGAAGGAGAAGGAGAUGGAGAUAGAUUCUCCUCCACUAAGGAACGUCUCCAAAAUGUUUUCCCUCCAGCUGAAGUGAGCCAGCAGGACACCGGAGGAGGAUUGCAUGUUCCCAGACGACAUGGGCGAUGCGUUCAAGGACCAAUAAUCCUAUCUGAAUCCAGGAGACUGGGACAGUGGAUUGUAGCAGCAGCUCACCUCAUGAUUUAAAAGGCGUUUGAUGCACGGGGAGGAAGUGCAGGAUGAGUGAGGGAUACGCCAGCAGAGGCUUUUUACUCGCCAUGGUGCUCGCCAUCAGCCUGUGCGACAUGACUGAGGGCGCCACAGCGCCGCAGCACGUUCCCACGGGCACCUGCGAGGUGGUGGCGCUGCACCGCUGCUGCAACAGGAACAAGAUCGAGGAGCGCUCGCAGACCGUCAAGUGCUCCUGCUUCCCGGGACAAGUGGCCGGCACCACCAGGGCGGCGCCUUCCUGUGUCGACGCCUCCAUCGUGGCCCAGAAGUGGUGGUGUCAGAUGCAACCCUGCCUCCACGGAGAAGAGUGCAAAGUUCUGCCCGACCUGAAGGGCUGGAGCUGCGCCACGGGCAACAAGAUCAAGACCACCAAGAUUUCUGCGGAUCGGGAGCAACUUUGGUAACAUCACGUUCUUCACGGGGGAGUAAAGGCGAUUCCAAGAGAGGAGAGGACUUUUCCUGUAAAUAUAGAGACUUCUUUCCUUCUGGACUUCAACACACCCUAGACCUUUGGACAUAGACCACGCUCCUUCUUUUGGACUCGAGUCCGUCUUCGCGCUGGAACUUUGCCGCCGUGUUCCAAAUCUUCGGGCGUGUCCUCCUCGGCAAGGAAUCCUCACCCAGGAGGAAAAGAUGUAGCAGAGUAGCAUAUUUUUUAAAAAGAAAACUGUCCGGGGGCCGACAUGUUCCCUUUCCACGUGGACGACGUCAGAGAAGAACACGCCUUUGGAGGCGGGACUUCAGUGACGUCAUCUUCGCAACUUUGUCAAGCAGCUUCGGAAAUAUCACUUUUCUGCUUCUUUUUUUCCCGCAGGAGUCCAGGUAAUGUAGCUAACUAUCUACAUUGGGGGUGUCCAAAGUGUGGCACGGGGGCUCUUUUGGGCCCGCAAGUAGUUUUUCUUCCUCUCAGAAUCAAAUUAAUCAAUAAUGAAGAAUAUAAGAUAUAACACAAUAACACAAAAGCUAAACUGUUUUUUUUUCCCCAACCCAUAACCGUAUUUUCCGGACUAUAAAGCGCACCUGAAUAUAAGCCACACUCUUUACAUUUUAAAAUAAACAUGUUUCCAUAUAUUAGCCACAUAAGUCACAGAUACAAACUUAUUAUUACAACCUUACUUUACACAGAAAUGUUCCGGAAAUCUUAAUUUGCAUACCUUGAUUAUCUGUAACACGGCAGUAAAACGGCUGGACAAACAAAACAGAAGUCAUGGUCUCCAAUCCGCUCAAUUAAGUGAAUAAGUUAAAGUACCAAUGAUAGUCACACACACACACACACACACACACACACACACACACACACUAGGUGCGGCAAAAUUAUUCUCUGCAUUUCACCCUUGAUCACCCACCUGGGAGGUGAGGGGAGCAGUGAGCAGCAGUAGUGACCGCGGCCGGGAAUCAUUUUUUGGGUGAUUUAACCCCCAGUUCCAAGCCUUGAUGUCUGAGUGCCAAGCAGGGAGGUAAUGGAUCCCGUUUUCAUAGUCUUUGGUAUGACUCGGCCGGGAUUGAAACUCACAACCUACCGAAUUGUCUGUAACGCGGCAGUAAAACGGCUGAGCGAACAAAACAGAAGUCAUGGUCUCCAAUUUGCCGAAGAGACUCAAUUAAGUUAAAAAGUUAAAGCACCAAUGAUUGUCACACUCACUAAUUAUUCCUUGCAUUUGACUCAUCACCUUUGAUCAUCCUCCUGGGAGGUGAGGGGAGCAGUGAGCAACCGUGGUGGCCACGCCCGGGAAUCAUUUUUUGGGUGAUUUAACCCCCAGUUCCAACCCUUGAUGCUGAGUGCCAAGCAGGGAGGUAAUGGGUCUCAUUUUUAUAGUCUUUGGUAUGGCUCGGCUGGGAUUUGAACUCAUAACCUACCGAAAUGUCUGUAACGUGGCAGUAAAAUGGCAGAUUGAACAAAACAGAAGUCAUGGUCUUCAAUCAGCUAAACAGACUCAAUUAAGUUAAUAAGUUGAAGUACCAAUGAUAGUCACACACACUAAUUAUUCCCUGCAUUUGACUCAUCCCCUUUGAUCAUCCUCCUGGGAGGUGAGGGUUAGCAGUGGUGGCCACACCCGAGAAUCAUUUUUUUGGUAAUUUAACCCCCAGUUCAAACUCUUGAUGCUGCGUGCCAAGCAGGGAGGUAAUGGCUCCCAUUGUUGUGGUCUUUAGUAUGGCUCGGCCGGGGUUUGAACUUACAACCUACCGAAUUGUCUGUAACACGGCAGUAAAACGGCGGAUCGAACAAAACAGAAGUCAUGGUCUCCAAUCAGAGAAACAGACUCAAUUAAGUUAAAGUACCAAUGAUAGUCAUACGCACACUAAGUUUGGUGAAUUUAUUCUCUGCAUUUGACCCAUCACCCUUGAUCACCCCUCUGGGAGGUGAGGGGAGCAGUGAGCAGCAGUGGUGGCCACGCCCGGGAAUCAUUUUUUGGUGAUUUAACCCCCAAUUCCAACCCCUGAUGCUGCGUGCCAAGCAGGGAGGUAAUGACUCCCAAUUUUGUGGUCUUUGGUAUGACUCGGCCGGGGUUUGAACCCACGACCUACCCACCUCAGGGCAGACACUCCAACCACGAAGGUUUUGGUCAAUUUACUGAGGAAUUUGUACAAUUUAAGCAAUAAAAAAAUAAUAUUAUUGUCAAUUAAUGAUACUAAGACAGACGUAAACGUGUUAGCAUGUUAGCUAAUGCUAACGACAUUAGCUUGAUUAUAUUAUAUUAGCAUCCACACAAGGCGGCUCUAAUAAGUAGGAAUUGUUUUAGAUAUAUUGUAAAACCUGCAAACGUUGCUUGGAGCAAUGCACGGGAAAUCCGUGCGAGUAGAAACGCCAUGGACGGCUUCUAAGCCAAAACGGCACUUCUACUUCCGGUUCAAAGCUCCCAACUGAACAACACUGAGCCAACUGGUCCAAAAGAUGGCUCAUGAGCACAAAAAAUAACACACCUUUCGGUAUAUUUUAUAAACUAUUUGCAUAAAUAAGCUACACUGCUUUAUGAACCGCGGGGUUCCAAACGUGGGAAAAAGUAGUGGCUUAUAGUCCGGAAUAUACGUUACUUGUACAUUAAAUUGGUUUUAUUAUUUUCAAUGUACAAAACAAGUAUGAAUGUAACUUUUAAUUUUUUGGUGGGAAAAGUUAGGACACCCUUGAUGUAGACAGAGAUCAUGUUUUAUAUCGCAUUCAGUAACAUGACAACAUGAAUAAGUGAUGACAUCAUUAAUAAACU